CCCUGCCGCCCGCCGGAGCCGAGCGGGGAGCCAGGACGAGCUGGGAGGCCCCGGAGAGCAGCUCCCCCAAAGGUUCCAGGAUGGCAGAAGAGGAUCCUUACAAAUUGGUGAUCCACGAACAAAUGUUUCCAAUGGAACCUUAUAAUAUUGGAAUAAAUGCAAUUUUUAAUAAUUCAGGAUUACUUCCAGCACAGAUACCACUGAUAACAGCAGAUGGCCCAUACCUUCAAAUAUUAGAGCAACCUAAACAGAGGGGAUUUCGUUUCCGUUAUGUGUGUGAAGGACCAUCCCAUGGAGGACUUCCUGGUGCUUCUAGUGAAAAGAACAAGAAAUCAUACCCACAAGUUAAAAUUUGCAACUAUGUGGGGCCAGCAAAAGUUAUUGUCCAGUUGGUCACCAAUGGGAAGCAUGUCCACCUGCAUGCUCAUAGCCUGGUGGGGAAACACUGUGAGGAUGGAAUCUGCACUGUCACUGCUGGACCCAAGGACAUGGUGGUGGGGUUUGCAAAUCUGGGUAUACUUCAUGUGACAAAGAAAAAAGUAUAUGAAACAUUGGAAGCACGGAUGACAGAUGCCUGUAUAAGGGGGUAUAAUCCUGGACUUUUAGUGCAUCCAGAACUCAACUAUUUGCAACCAGAAGGUGGUGGAGAAAGACAACUCACAGACAGGGAAAAGGAGAUCAUCCGACAGGCAGCUCUCCAGCAGACAAAGGAGAUGGACCUCAGCGUGGUGCGGUUGAUGUUCACAGCCUUUCUUCCAGACAGCACAGGCAGCUUCACCAGAAGACUGGAGCCCGUGGUGUCAGAUGCAAUCUAUGACAGCAAAGCCCCCAACGCCUCCAAUUUGAAGAUUGUAAGAAUGGACAGGACGGCAGGCUGUGUGACUGGAGGGGAGGAGAUUUAUCUUCUUUGUGAUAAAGUUCAGAAAGAUGACAUCCAAAUUCGAUUUUAUGAAGAAGAGGAGAAUGGUGGGUUCUGGGAAGGCUUUGGAGAUUUUUCUCCUACAGAUGUUCACAGACAGUUUGCCAUUGUAUUCAAAACUCCAAAGUAUAAAGAUGUCAAUAUCACCAAGCCAGCCUCUGUAUUUGUCCAGCUUCGGCGGAAAUCUGACUUGGAAACCAGUGAGCCAAAGCCUUUUCUGUACUACCCAGAAAUUAAAGAUAAAGAAGAAGUCCAAAGAAAACGACAAAAACUCAUGCCUAAUUUUUCAGAUAGUUUUGGUGGAGGGAGUGGCCCUGGAGCAGGAGGAGGAGGGAUGUUUGGUGGUGGCGGUGGAGGCAGUGGGAGUGGAACUGGCGGCCCAGGGUAUGGCUUUGCUCCUUAUGGAUUUUCUUAUGGAGGAAUUCCCUUCCAUCCUGGCACAACCAAAUCUAAUGCUGGGAUGAAACAUGAAACCCUAGACUCCUCAUCUGAGCAAGGCCAUGAAGGCUGUGACAGUAGAGAUAACAGGCACUCUGCAGAUCUUUCUGGGAAAAUACUGCAAACCACAGAGCAAGAAGAUAAGUCCAGAGUCACUGGGGAAGAUGAGGUUACUUUGACGUGCACAGUAGGAGUGGAGGAGGAUGAUUGUAGGUUACAGGGUGACCUGUUCCUAGAGAAGGCCAUGCAGCUUGCUAAACGGCAUGCCAGUGCUCUCUUUGACUAUGCAGUGACUGGCGAUGUGAAGAUGUUGCUAGCUGUCCAGCGCCAUCUUACUGCGGUGCAGGAUGACAAUGGGGACAAUGUGUUACACUUAGCAAUCAUCCAUCUUCAUGCUGAAUUGGUACGGAACCUUCUAGAAGUGAUAUCUGGUUUGGUUUCUGAUGACAUCAUUAACAUGAGAAAUGACCUCUACCAGACUCCCUUGCACUUAGCAGUCAUCACCAAGCAGGAAGAUGUGGUAGAGGACCUGCUGAGGGCUGGAGCCGACGUGAGCCUUCCUGACCGCCUGGGGAACUCAGUUUUACACUUAGCUGCAAAGGAAGGAGAUGACAGAAUUCUGAGCAUAUUACUAAAGCACAAAAAGAUAUCACCACUUAUCGAUCACCCCAAUGGUGAAGGCUUGAAUGCGAUUCAUCUGGCCAUGCUGAUCAACAGUAUGCCCUGCCUUCGGCUAAUGAUUGCUGCUGGCGCAGAUGUCAAUGCCCAGGAGCAGACAUCCGGGCGCACCGCCCUGCAUCUGGCUGUUGAACAGGAGAAUGUGUCCUUGGCGGGUUGCCUGUUGUUAGAGGGUGAUGCCUACGUGGACAGCACCACCUAUGACGGAACCACCCCCCUUCACAUUGCUGCUGGACGAGGGUCCACGAAGCUAGCAGCUCUCCUCAAAGCAGCAGGUGCAGACCCUCUUUUGGAGAACUUUGAACCUCUGUUUGACCUGGAUGAUGCUUGGGAACAGGAUGGAGAAGAUGAGGGAAUAAUUCCUGGGACCACCCCUCUGGAUAUGGCAGCCAACUCCCAGGUCUAUGACAUAUUAAAUGGAAAGCCGUAUCAAUCAGAGUCAGCAUCCAGUGAUUUACUGGCACAAGGAGAUAUGAAGCAGCUGAAUGAAGACGCAAAGUUGCAGCUUUAUAAGUUAUUAGAAAUGCCUGAUCCAGACAAAAACUGGUCCACCCUGGCACAGAAAUUAGGUCUGGGGAUACUUAACAACGCCUUCCGGCUGAGUCCUGCUCCUUCCAAAACUCUAAUGGACAACUAUGAGGUCUCUGGAGGGACGAUAAGGGAACUGGUAGAUGCCCUGGGACAAAUGGGCUACACCGAAGCAAUUGAAGUCAUCCAGAAAGCCUUCGAUGCCUCAGUAAAUCCAUCUGAAACCAAACAGCAACCUACAGAGCAGAUAUAUUCUCUGCCCCCAUCACCCUCCUCCAUAAGACAGCAACUAGGUGAAUUUUGUAAACUCCAGGACAAUGAAAGUGUUUGUGACAGUGGGGUGGAGACCUCCUUCCGUAAACUCAGCUUUACUGAGUCUCUGACCAGCCCCAGCCCAUUGAUAACACUCAACAAAAUGCCUCGUGACUAUGGCCAGGAAGCAUCAAUCGAAGGCAAAGUUUAACAAAGGAUUUACAGCACACCAUGGAAAUGAAAAUCCUGAAACGCCAUUUCACCAGUCAAAGGAAAGGAAGUUCAAGGUGCUCAGAGGAAGCAAACUGGUUUGAACUAUUCUGGAUUAAAACCAGGAUCUUCAACUUCCUUCUUACUUCUUAAACUAACUUUAGUUUGGUUCAUUUACAAGAUAUGUCUAGUAACCAGAACCCAGGGUCAGGGUGGCACCUUCUUUAGGGGAAUGGGUCUUACCAAACCUUUUUUGACUGCCAAUGAACUCAAGUGCUUUCUGUUUUUGUCCUGCUGUUCCUAUGCUGCAUACCCACUUCCCUUGAAAGACUUGGGGAGUGCCCACAAGGAUACUCUCUCUAGCUUUUUGUAGUACAGUUACUCACUCAGAUUAUAAAGAAAUUAAGAAAAAAGUAUUUUGAAGUGGGACUCGCUCAAUGUACAAUUUUUUAAAAGCUCAUUGCUUUUGGUUUUCAUGAUUCGAAAGAAAGGAAUAUGUAUAUUUCAGUGAAUAUUUAAACAUUGGUCUAAUCAAUGCUGAAAAUGGUAUUUUCCACUGUUUCUGCAUUUUACUAUUGUAAAUAAUUUUUUAGAUCAGAUACUUUAAAGGAGAAAUGUUGGAUUUAUAAAUGCUAUUUUUUAUUUUACUUUUAUAAUAAAAGAAAAAGUAAAUUGA